GGUUGCUAAAUCGGGGAUCGGCAAUGGAAGUGUUCCAGGCGGCGCAGUUCGUGCGCCUGCGCUCCUCCGUCCGCAGCAGCAGGUACCUCGCCGCGGCCGACGACGGGGAGACCGUCUUCCUCUGCGCCCGCCGGGGGCUGCACAACACGGUGUGGGCCGUCGAGCCGGUCGCCGGCGUCAUCCCGGGCGCCAGCGCCGGGCCCUACGUCCGCCUCCGCGGCGCCUACGGCCGCUACCUCAUGGCCACCAACUACGAGGCCGCCACUGGCCCGCCCGACGGCGUCGUCCCCGAGCAGCGCGACCUCGCCGCCCGCGCCACGCCUCCCCCCUGGCUGUGGCAGUGCUUCCACCGCCGCGACUCCUUCGUCCUCCGCAACGGCGCCGGCCGCUACCUCCGCGCCAACGGCAGGUUCCGCCGGUGGCACAGGGACGUCUCCGUCGCCGGCGACAACGCCAGCACCAUGAUGCAGUGGAGGGUGGAGGUCGUCCCCCCCAUGACCGUUCGCCCUCUCCUCGACGAUCCGCCGGCCCAGCUGAUGCACCGGACGAAUCCACCGGUGGAGUCGGACGUGUCGCGGGUGAUCUGGUACGUCCGAGCCGACGGCAAUGGCAGGUACGCCGAGCAGGAGUGGGCGUCGGUGAGGGUGAACACCAACAACCUCACGCACCUGCGGCUCACGCUGUCGGAACGCCUGGGCCACAGCCGCGGUGACGCCGCCCAGAUCACCCUCUGCGUCCGCGCCGGCCGCUACGCCCGCCUCUCCCCUCUCCUCGUCGACCUGCCCAUGGGCAACAACCCCCUCCACAUCGUCGUCGUCAACCACGGGACGCCAGCGGAAAAUGCGUUGCAGUACCCCAAUGUGGAAGCAUAGAGUAGAAGACGCAAGAUCUCCAGUGAUUUGGACGUCCUACAGAAGUGACACCGUUAGGAUCGAUUUGAUUAAUUCUUUUUAGAUGUUCAACGAAGUUGUAGUUGCUAGUUUUAUUGAAAAUACUCAUAGAACAGGGAAUUGUACAGGGGUUGACAGAACAGUCACACUGCAUUUUGCGUUGCCUACUCCAUCGAUUGAUAAUGUAACAAUGAUCUGAAUAUCUGAUGCAAUGCAAAUAUCUUUAGC